CCCUGGGGCCUCUGCUGGUUUCAUCGUCACCAGAUUACCGGAGGAAUUACAAAAAAGCCAUUCGCCAGGCGUACAGCUGCAUAAAGGACCGAAACGCCCGGGUGGGCGAUAACGUGAGCCUGAACGCCAGGUACUCGAAGCUGGUGAUUGUCAACAAGCACCGCGACGAAGAGCAACGGGAGCACGAGAUCAUGGCCAUGGGACGGAGGCACGCGGAGAUCAUGAAGAAGCAAGCCAGCUCCUCCAUCGCUGUCGGCGACCUCUUCAAGCCCUGUCCUGAUGGCUGGACCCCCAAGGUGGUCGUGCUCCUGGGAGCCGCGGGCGUGGGCAAGACCAUGACAGCCAGGAAGAUCAUGCUGGACUGGGCGUCCGACACGGUGUUUGCGGAGUUUGACUACGUCUUCUACAUCCACUGCCGGGAGGGCAACCUCCUCACCAGCCAGGCCAGCGUGGCCGACCUCAUCACCCAGUCCUGUCCCAGCACCUCUCCGCCGCUCACCGAGAUGCUGGGGCAGCCGGAGAGGCUCCUGUUCGUGAUUGACGGCUUCGACGAGCUCCGCUUUUCCUUUGACCGGCCCCAGUCCGAGCUGUGCUCCCAGGCCUGGGAGAAGAGGCCGGUGGAAAUCACCCUGAGCAGCCUCUUCCGCCGGAGGCUCCUGCCCGAGAGCUCCCUGCUCGUCACCACGAGGCCGGCCGCCCUGCAGAAACUGGUCAAGUGCCUGGAGUGCGAGCGCUACGCUGAAAUCCUGGGGUUUUCGGAGGCAGAGAGGAAGGAGUAUUUCCACAGGUUUUUCGAAAAUGCAGAGCAGGCAGCUGCCGCCUUCCAGUUUGUCAGAGGGAACGAGACGCUCUACAUGUGCCUGGUGCCCAUCGUGUGCUGGAUCGUCUGCACCGUCAUGAAGCAGCAGCUCAGCCGCACCGGGGGUCUCACCCAGAGCCCGAAGACUACGACGGGGAUCUACAUCCUCUACCUCUCCGCCCUGCUCCGGUCUCUGAGCGGCCAGCUGAAGCGAGGCAUGCCCGGGGUGCUCAGGAGGCUGUGCUGCCUGGCGGCCGACGGCAUCUGGAAGCAAAAGGUCCUUUUUGAGGAGAAGGAGGUGCAGGGGUAUGCGCUGGACCAGCGAGAAGCCCUCCCGCUCCUCCUCAACGAACACCUCUUCCAGAAGGACAUUUCCUGCGUCAGCACCUACAGCUUCAUCCACCUCAGCUUCCAGGAGUUUUUUGCCGCGCUCUUCUACCUGCUGGAAGAUGAAGGGGAGGCGUGGGAACCCCCCGCCAGUCCCACCAGGGACGUGAAGGAGCUGCUGGACAGCUACGACAACUCCAGGAACUACUUCAUGCUAACUGUGCGGUUCCUCUUCGGGCUCUUGAACAAGGAGCGCAGGAGGGAGCUGGAGGAGGAGAUGGGGUGUAAAAUCGCACCCAGGAUUACGCAGGAAUUACUGGCGUGGCUUCAAAACAGCCAGAAAACAGCCCUAGCUCUUCUGAUGCAGGAGACGGCGGUGAUUUGCGAGCUGGAGGUCUGCCACUGUCUGUACGAGCUCCAGGACGAGCAUUUUGUAGCGGCCGCCUUGGAUCCUUUCACGGGGGUGUACCUACGGGGGCUCAACCUCAACCGCUUCGAUCAAAUGGUCCUUUCCUUCAGCGUCAGAAACUUCCCCAAGCUGGAGUCGCUUGACCUGGGGCACUGCUCCUUUCUGUGGGACGAACCCGAGGACUGUGCGGGACCGCAGCCGGCCAAGCAGGCGUGUCGGCUUGAUCGGUGUCAGCUCACAGGCGCAUGCUGCGGGGCUCUGGCCUCCGUUCUCAGCACAAACCCCACCCUGACGGAGCUGGACCUGGCUGGGAACGAGGACCUGAGGGACGGCGGCAUGAAGCUGCUGUGCGAGGGGCUGAGACACGGCGCCUGCCAGCUGCAGACGCUGCGGUUGGGCUGCUGCAACCUCACGGCUGCUGGCUGCAAGGACCUCGCCGCCGUGCUGGGCACCGUGCCCAGCCUGGUGCAGCUGGACCUGAGUGACAACCCCUUGGAGGACAGCGGCGUGCGGGAGCUGUGCGGGGCGCUAGCGGGACCCGGCUGCAGCGUGCAAAAGCUCUGGUAUGGGGCGUCGGGCUGGCGGCUACGGACGAGCCCCAUCUCAGCCAUCCUACGAGCACAGCCCCGGGGCAAAGGUGCAGUCAGCGUGGACGGGGGCUGUGGGCACUGUCCCUGCGUUUCAGCGGGCAGCCGGGCUGAUGAUGAUGGCCGUGCCGCCGCCUGUCCCCCGCGCAGGCUGUGGCAGUGCUGCCUGACGGAGGUGAGCUGCGGGGCUCUCGCCGCGGUGCUCCCCGCCAGCCCCAGCCUGACGGAGCUGCACUUGGGCGACAACGAGCUGGGGGACGGAGGCGUGCGGCGGCUGAGCGAGGGCCUGCGGGAUCCUGCCUGCCGGCUGCAGGCGCUGAGCCUGUGGCACUGCCAACUCACUGACGCCUGCUGCGAGGACCUCUGCGCUGUGCUCAGCGCCAGCCGGAGCUUGGAGCAUCUGGACCUGAGCAAGAACGACCUGGGAGACGGCGGGGCACAGCUGCUGUGCGAGGCGCUCGGGCAUCCCUCCUGCUUCUUGCAGAGGCUGUGGCUGAAGAAAUCUGGAUUCAAUGAAGAGACGUUACAGAAGCUGGCUGCUCUGAAAGAAGUAAAACCCAACCUGAAUAUAGGAUACAUUUGA